UUUGGCUGCAGGUCCCAGCUCCCCAACAGACUCCACUCAGCAGGUGUAGUGUCCUGUUCUGGACUCAGACCACCAACAACACUUCAGCUCCCUCUGGGCAGUGCUGUGAAUACCAAUGCAACUAAUAUUCCUGUGACCAGGGCUCUCAAACUGGCACCUGUAGGGGGCUGUGUACAGUGGCUGUCUCUCCCUGAUGAGGUAUGGGUAUCCAUACUGUCCCUCCUGCCACACAGAGAUCUGUCUACAGUGGCCCAGGUCUGCCUCCACUUGCUCCGACUGGCCAAUGACCACACACUAUGGCAGGUUGUUAGUGUGGAGAACAGCUCAUCUUUAACUGACCAAUGGCUGAGCAGUGUGGGUGUGCGUAAUCCUCGAAGCCUGACUAUCUACAGGUGCAGCGGACUGUCAAUCACCCCGAGCGGGCUAGAGGAGUUUUUCAAACUAAGUCAAGCUUCUCUGGAGGUGCUGAGUGUGACAAGCUGCAGUGGGCCUGGUCUCCAUGGUGACCUGGUGCUGACUCUGAGUGGUCAACACUGUGAUCACAUGACCUGUGUGGACGUCAGCUGGAGCGGAGCGACUGACACGGGCAUCAAAGCACUGACUGACACCUGCACUGGCCUGAAGACUGUUGUUCUCAAUGGUUGCCAAGUUACAGAUGAAGCCCUGAAUGCCCUCGUCAUAAGAUGCAGAGACAGUCUGCGCAGGUUGGAAGUGUUUGGCUGCCUGUCUAUCAGUCCCUCAUGUCUGAACACAGUGUCAGAGUUGUGUCCUGGGCUGGAGACUCUGAACAUCGGCCAGAUCCCUAAGGUCACUCACCCCUAUCUGACCCUGGUGACGUCACGACUCAAACGCCUUCACUCCCUUAACCUGACUGGACUGCACGCAGUGAGUGAUCAGACAGUUCAUCAGGUCCUCCUGCAGUGCCCUGAACUCCAGAGGCUGACCCUCAGCUCCUGCCCUGGAGUCACUGACAUGAGCCUGCACAAGAUCAGCACCCACGCUCCCCACAUCAGGUUGUUGGAUCUAAGUGGCUGCGGUAAGGUGAGUGAUGCUGGUGUUAAGGCUGUAGCUGUGGCCUGUAGAUGCCUGCAGUACCUGGACCUGAGCUCCACCGCCACAGGGAACAGAGGGGUGAGCCUGUUGGCAAAGUACUGCAGCACUCAUCUCCACACUGUCAAACUGAGCUUCUGCCAGAUCAGCCCAGAGGCCAUCCACAACCUCAGCAGGCAGUGCAAACGUUUGAAGCUACUGCAUCUCUACGGCUGUGCCUACAUCCCUACUGAGAAGGAGAUCAGAGACAUCAACCCCACGGUUACACUCUACCCGCUGACUUGAUACACACACACAGACACACUUACCACGACUUUGUAAAUACAGCCUGUGUGAUAUGAAGAGUGCCCACAGCACAAGUGUGUCAAGGGCCCUCCUUCCAUCACCUCCUUCAUACAAUGAUGUGGUGUCAGGCAAGCUUUAUCCAAAUUACAUCUAUCUAGUCAAGAUACAAAUAUUUUGUAGAUUUAACAUUUUUAAAAUGUACAUGCUGAUUGUUAGUGAAAGUUUCCCAUUCUCUGGGAGGCUCCCGAGUGGUGCAGCAGUCAAAGGCACUGCAUCUCAGUGCAAGAGGUGUCACUACAUCCCCUGGUUUAAAUCCAGGCUGUAGUGGCCCAGUGUUGUCCAGGUUUGGCCAGGGUAGACCGUCAUUGUAAAUAAGAAUUUGUUCUUCACUGACUUGCCUAGUUAAAUAAAGGUAAAAUACAAAAUAUGUAGCAGCCAGACAGAAAUGGGUCUUGGUCUUCUAGACUAUCUCUAUGGAAACACUUUUUUUUUGUGUGUGUGUUUUGUUUAUUCAACCUAUUACAGGUAAUUAUGUUACUGCGCUUGUUCGGACACACAGUUCUCGUUUGUUUUGUUCCUCUUUUUCUCGAAGUUGUGAGGUUGACACAAGAGACUGCUAAAGUAGGUAAGCCGCGUCAGCGUAACAUUCCGCAAUACGUUUUAUCACAGGGGACAAUUUUAGGACUCAUCAUUGUAGUCUGUAUGAAAAUGUGGGAUGGACCUCUCUGUCUGGAAGAAGAGAGCUGCAUUCUCUUUGAUUUAUUUACAAAGAUAUCUUACAGAACAUGCCUCCAUAUGUAACUUCAUUAAUUAAGGUAAGAAUCAUAAGUUACCAAACCUGUUCUCGGGAAUGGACAACACUAGAUCCCUUCAGUCUCCACAGAUUUGGGAAAAUCUGCGUUUUGUUUUUAGGCCCCUAAUUUGUGGAACAAUCUGCAGAGUUCACUGCAGUUAGAUGUGCCGGUGCCACUCAGGAAGUUGAAAUGAUUGAUUGAGGUCCUCUAUGUCGUUGAAUGUGAUUGUUUUUAUUAAAUAUGUUUCUUUUGGUUUAUUGUAUGCUGAAUUAUAUUGUUUUGUACACAAAUGUGUGCAUGUUGCUUUAUAAUUAUGUUUUUAUUGUAAUGUAUACAGGGCUCUCUUGUAAAAUAGACUUUUAAUCUCAAAUUGACUCCAUGUUUAAAUGAAGGUUGAAUAAAUAACAAUAAAUUAUCCGA